GAGGGGUCGCCGGCUCUGAGGUGACGGGCCAGGGCCGGCGGAGGGGACAGCUCUCCCCCAGCAGCUCAAGGGCCUCCCCCGGGUCUCGGAACUCUGUGCUGGGACGGCGGGGCCAGGGGCCGUCAAGCCCGGUUCUUUGCUCCCGGCCACCCCCCAGUCCCCGUCCCCUUGUUUGACCUCGAACCGCCGUCCCGCGUGGAAGCGGGGCGCGGGCGCCUAGUGGCCGCGGGUGUCGGCGGACUCGGGCUUCGGGCCCGGGAGGUGGCGGGGUCGGGGUGCUUCGCUGCUGUUUACCCCCUGCUGGGCUGGUGCCAGCGGCUUCCCUCGGUUAGGGCUCCAGGAGGGGUCGCCGCCUCCUCCGCGUCCCCCGGCCCGGCUGGAGUGCGGACGGACCCAGCGUGGGGGCCGGGCGGGGCUCGCAGUGUGUGUUUUGGGUUUGUUGCCAGGGUUUCCUUGGCGCUGGUCUCUGCCGCCGCCGUCCCCUCCCUCAAGGGUUUGUUUUGACAGGAAACGCGGUCUCCGGGAGGGGAGGGGCUGCCGGAGGACGUGGGCGGGAGGGUGCAGACUCCUGGUGAGUCCCCUGGGGGGACCCUCCGUUAGGUGGCAGAGGUGGAGAAACGCUCGUCGGGGCUGGGCUCGAACCCUGUCCUCUCAGGGAUGGCUUGUGCUUUCCAAAGCUGCUACUGUGGGUGACGCCACUGGGGGUAACAGUGACGAUCUGACGUGGCACGUGGAUGAACAUAGUUAUGUGUUUUUGUUAGUAUUAGGAAAAUCUGUUCCAUUAAAUGAGCGAUUUCACAAAGACAUAAAUUUUCCCUUCAGAAUAAACGUAUUUAAAAUGCCAAAAUCUUGUCAAAGAAACGUGCUUCCUAAAUUAUAGGUAGGGAUGGAAACAGUCGUGAAGAGUGGUACUCAAAUGACUUAAGUCUGGGAAAUCUUUAGAUAUUGGUCCUGCUACUUUAACCGUACAAAAACUGGACAAGUUGUCCUUUUCCCCAGUGGGCCUCUCAGCACCCAUGGUUUCCAGGCCAGAGACCUUGCUCUUCCUAUCUGCCAGUUGAUAAUGAGUUUAUCUCAGUGGUUCCCACUUUAGGAGGCUCCCUGUCUGCCCACAGCGUUUUUCUCUGUCUUUAGGAAUUGAAGAUACCCAAUCAUGUGUGGAAGCAGCUUCAUUGCCAUUAUGUGAGGGGCUAAGGGCCCCAGAGGGGGAAAAACAGGUGCUGUCUCUUUAUCCAUACUUAAGUGACAGAAAAUGCCCUUCAAUGGUGAGAAGCAGUGUGUGGGAGAGGACCAGACAAGCGAUUCAGACUCUUCACGGUUUUCCGAAAGCAUGGCUUCACUCAGUGACUAUGAGUGUUCCAGGCAGAGCUUCACAAGCAACUCCUCCAGCAAAUCCAGCUCUCCUGCUUCAACAAGCCCUCCCAGGGUUGUAACAUUUGACGAAGUGAUGGCUGCAGCAAGGAACUUAUCAAACAUGACUCUUGCUCAUGAAAUUGCUGUAAAUGAAAACUUCCAAUUGAAACAAGAUGCCCUUCCAGACAACAGUUUGGCUGGUCGAGUGAAGCACAUUGUUCACCAGGCCUUCUGGGACGUCUUGGAAUCCGAACUAAAUGCUGACCCUCCUGAGUAUGAACAUGCCAUCAAACUGUUUGAAGAAAUAAGAGAGAUUCUUCUCUCUUUUUUGACUCCCUGUGGCAACCGGCUUCGCAACCAGAUCUGUGAAGUUUUGGACACAGACCUCAUCAGGCAGCAGGCUGAGCACAGUGCUGUUGACAUCCAAGGCCUGGCCAACUAUGUCAUCAGUACGAUGGGAAAGCUGUGUGCUCCGGUGAGAGAUAAUGAUAUCAGAGAGUUGAAGGCUACUGGGAACAUUGUGGAGGUGCUGAGACAAAUAUUCCAUGUCCUGGACCUCAUGAAAAUGGACAUGGCCAAUUUUACAAUUAGGAGUCUUAGACCACACCUUCAACGCCAGUUGGUGGAAUACGAGAGAACCAAGUUCCAGGAAAUUUUAGAAGAAACUCCAAAUUUUUCAGUAACAAAAACUCUAGCUGACUUAGCCAAAAAGGAAAUGAAUCAUGGAAGGAUGAAGGCAGCUCACAAAAUUGAAGGAAAAGCUAAAAUGUCAAAGCAGGAGAGUGUCAGGAAUCUGAGCAGGAAAGACCAAGGGCAAGGUGCUCUUGAUCAAACUACAGAAUGGAUAAAAGAAUCUGUAAAUGAAGAAUUACUUUCUCUUUCUGAGACUGCUUUAACUCCUGGGGCCGAAAAUAGCUCCAAGCUAAGCCUGAGCCCUACAUUGGUGCUAAAUAACAGUUACUUGAAACUGUUACAGUGGGAUUAUCAGAAAAAAGAAUUACCAGAGACACUCAUGACAGAUGGAGCACGUCUUCAGGAACUGACAGAAAAGCUGAAUCAAUUGAAAAUUAUUGCCUGCCUAUCCCUAAUUACCAACAACAUGGUGGGUGCUAUUACAGAAGGUCUGCCUGAGCUUGCUAGCAGGUUAAAAAGGAUUUCAGCUGUUCUACUUGAAGGCAUGAACAAAGAGACCUUUAACUUGAAGGAAGUCCUGAAUUCUAUUGGUGUUCAGACUUGUGUUGAGGUUAAUAAGGCCCUGAUGGAAAGAGGCGUGCCCACUUUAAAUGCUGAAAUUCAAGCUAAUCUUGUAGGUCAAUUUUCAAGCAUUGAAGAGGAGGACAAUCCUAUCUGGUCCUUGAUUGAUAAACGAAUUCAGCUAUACAUGAAAAGCCUACUUUGUCUUCCGAUCCCUCAAAAAUGCAUGCCUCCCAUGCCAGGAGGCCUUGCUGUCAUCCAGCAGGAGCUAGAAGCCCUAGGCUCUCAAUAUGCAAACAUUGUGAAUCUCAACAAACAAGUGUAUGGACCAUUUUAUGCAAAUAUACUUCGAAAGCUGCUCUUCAGGGAGGAAACCAUGGGGAAAGUAGAUGCUUCACCUCCUGCUAACUAAAGUGGAACUGACAUUGGAUAAGAGAUUGGAAAUCCAACACUUUGUUAUCCAGUCCAUUUCCAUUGAUGGCAUUAUAGACGUGGCACAUUUUCAGUACUGUCUGUGGUGCAGUGUUAGCCCAACUCUGUGUAGUCUGGUAACAUUAGCAUUACAGAAGACACA